CAGGCCGUCUAUUUGGAACAUUGUGUUCUCGUCAGCGGCGGUGCGGCCACAGUACAGCCGGAACAUUGUGUUACUUUGUGGCUGCCUUCCAAGACCUGCCUUUCAUUUCGUACUAAAAAAAAAUCCCUCCCACCGCUCCUCUCUACGCGUUUUUUCCGCCUCUGUCCCUCCCCCGAACUCACUUCGACGUGUGCGCUCCAUGUGAUCGCUGUACGGGUAUGUUUGUUGUCAUCAAGCCGAGCAAAGGACGCCGGUCUCGGGCGAGAAAAGCGGAAGUGCGACGCCCACACGGAGGAACAUCUCGUACCCGGGACGUGAGCUGCGACGCGCAGCCUUCAAGCAGCAGACACUGCCGCUCCUUUACUUCGCCAGGUGGAUCUUUCUUCACCUCCCCCCGAGAAAGCAGCAAGAACAUUGCCAGGUUUUCAGGCUACGGGGUAUCUCCACCUCCAGGCUACCUCCACACACUUCUCUUAUCUCAAAUUGGACGCAUCAGAACAUCAAUAAGUUCUCCAGCGUCACUGUGAUGCACACAGGCAGACAUGACCACUGAUCAGGAUCUUUCAAUGGACGGCCCGGCAGUCUCAGCUGAGUUUGCUACAAAAGGCGUUGAUGUCACGCCUAAAAAAGACCAAGGAAUAAUCAAGGUUGUGAAACGUCAGGGACAAGAUGGAGAGUCCCCAAUGAUUGGGGACAAAGUGACCAUCCAUUACACUGGAAAAUUCCUCACUGGGAAGAAGUUUGACUGCAGCAGAGAUCGCAAGGAGUCUUUUUCCUUCAAUGUUGGCAAGGGACAGGUCCUCAAAGCCUGGGAUAUUGGCGUUCUAUCCAUGCAGAAAGGCGAGGUGUGCACUAUACUGUGUAAGCCAGGGUACGCUUAUGGUUCCACUGGAAGUUCGGACAAAAUUCCUCCCAACUCUUCAGUGAUAUUUGAGAUCGAGCUGCUCAAGUUCGAAGGAGAGACGCUGACAGAAGAUGGCGGCAUCGUACGAAGGAUCAAAGUCAAAGGGGACAACUACUUAAAUCCUAAUGACGGUGCGACCGUCGAAGUUCAUCUGGAGGGAAGCUGCGACGGCCGAUUGUUUGACAAAAGAGAUGUCACAUUUGUGGUCAGUGAGUCGGAGGAUAAAGGUGUUCCUCUUGGAGUGGACCGUGCCAUGGACAAGAUGCAGAAGGGAGAGUGCUGUAUACUUCACUUAUCACCAAAGUAUGGCUUUGGCCAUAAAGGAAAACCAGAAUUUAAAAUUGAACCAGACAAAGAAGUUGUGUACGAGGUUACGCUCAAAGACUUUAAAAGGGCUAAGGAAUCCUGGGAAAUGGACUUGCAAGAAAAGCUGAGUCUGGCCUCUGAAACAAAGCAUAAAGGGAAUCUGUAUUACAAGCUGCCGUCAACUCCCCUGAGACACUGCGCGUCAAGACACCCGUGGAGACACCCUUCCGACUAUCAGGGGGGGCACUACUACCAGGCGGUAGUACAGUACCAGCGCAUCGUUUCCUGGUUGGAGAUGGAGUGUGGUAACGGUUUGGAGCAGCAAAAUCGCAUUAAUGACUUGCUCUCGACGGCCCACCUCAACCUAGCUUUGUGUUUCCUGCGCAUCAAAGACUUCUCCCAAGUGGUGCAGAACUGCAACAAGGUGAUUGAGAUAGACCCUUGCAACGAGAAGGCUCUGUAUCGCCGCGGUGAGGCCCGUCUGCUCCGUAACGAGUUCACCUUGGCCUUGGCGGAUUUUCAACAAGUGCUGCAGGUCAACGCUGCCAAUCGUGCUGCCCGAACUCGGAUAACAAUCUGUCGGAGCAAAAUGAAGGAAUAUCACGAGCUGGACAAGAAGACUUACGCCAACAUGUUCCAGAAGUUUGCUGAGCGGGAUGCCAAGACUGGGAGGAUGAAAAGGAAGCAAGAGGAGAGUGUGAGCAGCAGCAUGAACGGAGAAGUGGGCGUUAAACGCCGAAGGAGUCAGGACCGCCGCUCACAACAGUGACAUCUAUGUCAAAACCAAGAAGACUCCCAACAGGCAGGAAUAAGAGCUCUUGCACACUCAAAUACUCCGAUAUUUCCACUAUUUGGUCACACAGACUGCCUAUUCCUGUAACUUUUUGUUUUAUUACCAUUACAACACACUGAGCUCCAUUUUAUAAUGCUUCUAUGAUGAGAUGGGCAUCAACAGGGAAAUCACAUCCAAAAACAUUACGACUUGCAAGUAUUACUGUGUGUUAUGACUUGAACCACAUGUACAAUUUCUUCUUCUGACAAAAUGUCUAAUUUAUGUGCUGCAGAUGUCUGGAAAAACAAUUCAAAUACAGCCACAGCUUUUAGUCCAUGUUGGUAAAAAGGAUAAACAACUUACCUAAGAAUGUGCCUCAUAUAAUACUAGCUAUAUUUGAAAAGUGGAAAGGCUGAAGUCAAAAGAACGAUGCCGCACACUGCCCACACCGACGAUUGGUUACGUGCUGUUUACUUGCAUUCACCCAUGCAAUAUGUCAACGCCUUCAAAAUCGGAAGAUGUAUGACAUCACACGAAAAGGGUCUAUAGCAGGGGUGUCCAAACUUUUUCCACUGAAGGCCACAAACAUUAAUCAUACGAGGGCCAUUUUGAUAUUUUUCAUUUUCAAAACCAAUACAAUGUAUAGUUUUUUUCCCCAUCUUUUGGGCUAAGGACCCAGUAGGGUCUGAGUCAUAAAAAUGUUAAAAAUGAAUUACGUAUUUUUUACUAUUCAACGCUUGAAUCUCUAGAUCAACUGCAGGUCUAUCUGGUGAUAUAAAGUGUUAAAAAAUGUUUUGUUACAUGCCCUUUUUGUCAAAAACACAACAUAUUCCACAAAAUUCCAAGCAAAAUAUUUGAUGUGAAGUAUUUGCAGGUCUAAAAAGGUCAAUAAUUCAUAAGACGUUGAUUCAUUAUUUUUUGAGCAAUGACAUUUUUUUAAAAUCCCACUAAAAUUCUUGGGGGUCCAUCAUAAUAAAAAAAUGCUAAAAAAAAGUCUUGCAUAAAAAAUUAAAAGUCAACCCCCUUUGGUCUCAAGGUAGACUUCAGAUCUGUUCUUAUUUUUGUUUAUUUGAUGUCCUUUUGGUCAAUUUGGCAAACAAACAAUAUGCAGUAUUUUCUCAAAAAAACAUUUACAAGUGGAAGAUUUUUAUGUGAAUUAUUUACAGGCCUAAAAAGGUCGCUAAUUCUCAUAAUUUUUUGAGCGAUUAAUUUUUUUUAAAUCACACUACAAUUCUUGGGGGUCCAUCAAAAAAUGAUUAUAAAAAAAGUCUUACAUUUAAAAAACAAAAAAAACAACUCUUUGGUCUCGAGAUCAACUUCAGAUCAGUUUUUUUUUUUAUUAUUUCGGUCAAAUAAAAUUUGGCAAACAAAAUAUGCAGUAUUUCCUCCCCAAAAUAUUUUAAGUAUUUACAGGCCUAAAAAAUUCAAUAAUUCAAAACACCAUUGACUGUUUUUUGAGCAAUGACAUUUUUUUUUAAAUCCCACUAAAAUUUUUGGGUCAAAUAAUAUUUUAUUAUUUGGCAAACUAACAAAAUAUGCAGUAUUUGCUCCUAAACAAUAUUUCAAAGUGGAAUAUUUGAUUUGCAGUAAUUGGUCAACAACAAUUUAUUUUGAUUCUUUAUUGUAACCUGAGCACAUGGCAGCCUUGUUAUUUCAGCCAAGAUUGCAACUUUUUUCAUGACAUUUCACCUGCUCUUCCACUUUCUUAGUUUGUUUUUAUUUUUCAAUAUUUUUCAAAUAUUUCUUUAGAAUGUGCCGCAUUAGGUGCAGGCAGCACUUUGGACACCCCUGGUCUGUAGCAAUCCAUUUUUUUAUCAGUAGUUUCAAAUGGAAAAAUCAGUGUAUGUUUUGGUAAUUGAUAGUUUUGUCUCAUAAUAGAAAAAAAAAAAAUUGGUUCAUUUGAAUGUCCCUUUGAAACAAGAGUGAGACGGGGAGACACAAACGUUAGCAACACUAGCUUAGCUAUGUGAGCUACAUGCUAACAUACAUGCUACCACCAUGCUAGGUUAGCGUAAUCACUGAAGAACAACAUGAUCAAACUUACACGUCUGUAGCUGACUGAUAUACUGUAUGCUUGGCGAAGCUCUCGGUAGAAUUUUAAGAGGUGUAGAUGACAUACUUUUCACAAAGUGCUGAACUUACCGAGUUUAUUUAGCCAGACGGUGGUUCCAUUCUUCAUGACGUAAUGAAAACCCCCAACUUGGAAAGCGGGCGUUUGAGCGUCUUUCCUCUUGAAAGUGGAGCAAACAAGUGAGUAAUCUAGACAUACAGUGUUACUUUUAGAACAUCAUAGCGUCCCCUUUACCUGUAAAGUACAAACAAGAAGUACACGUUUUGUAGUCCCGAUGAACAUGCAAACUCCCUGCGCAUUCCUGUAAAAAAUCUUCAUACAGCUCUGAAAUUUCCAGUUUUGCCACCCUAGCAAUGAUGUACAUCAGCAUGUUUUUACACAAACAAGGAUCAGUUCAGAAAUAGCCUACAUUUAUUUCAGCUUAAAUGCAUUGCUAGAACACAGCUGCCACUGGAACACACACAUACAGUACCAUUCUGUAUCCACCCUAAAAUCAGUCAUAAAGUGGACAAAUUCUGAGUCAAAAUGCAUUAUUUUACUAGUUGAAUGGGUAUAUUUUAGCAAAAAAAUACCCCACAACAAAAGACCACUAGUGGUUGUGUUUGUAGAUAUUCACGAAAAAACAAACAUGUUUCAUUGUAUAACACAUGUAUGGUCAUUUUUAUAAGGAUAAGUCUCAGGAGUGCAUGAGAAAGUGGCAAACGUAAAGUGUAUUUCAUCAAGUAUAGCGCAGCAGCAACAGAACCAAUGUUGGCGAGGAGCAAUCUUAUCUGCGGAUCAUGCGCUGUGCGCGGAGAAGCGAAUGUAAAAUGCCAAUGAAUGAAGGGGCGCUUCAUAUGAAAUGUUAUUCCUCGCCGCUUCAUGCUUUGUCACUGUAAACAGCAAAUUUCCCCCGAUUAUUGUAGUUGUCAAAUUUCAUGCACUGGUCUUGUAGGCUAGAUAUAGUGCAGGGGUCGGUAACCUUUACCACUCAAAGAGCCAUUUUGACCUGUUUCACAAAAUAAAGAAGAUAAUGGGAGCCGCAACCAUCCUCGCUAAUAUCUACUGAUGGUCACCCAGAUAACAAUAAGGACGUGCUAUGAAGCCAUUGCCUUUGACGCCUUCAACAUGUACAAACAGCUUGCCAGCCCAGUAACAUGUUGUACGUGGCUUCCGCUGAUACACGUACACGACUGCAAGGCAUAUAGUCAACAGCCACACAGGUUACACUGAAGGUUGUGAUAUAAACAACUUUAACACUCUUACUAAUAUGCGCCACACUGUGAACCCACACCAAACAAGUAUGACAAACACAAUUUCGGGAGAACAUCCUCACAGUAACACAACAUAACAAUUACAAUUAAUCCCAUGCAUCCAUGACUCUUCCAGGGUAUAUUAUAAACCCCGCUAGCACCAAUCCCCCCCUUCCGUGCGUCGGUUGAAGUGGGCGGGGUUGGAGGCGCGGGGGUGUAAUAUAGCUUGGAAGAGUAAUGGAUGCAUGGGAUUCUGGGUAAUUGUUAUGUUGCGUUUAUGUUGUGUUACUGUGAGGAUGUUCUCCCAAAAUAUGUUUGUCAUUCUUGUUUGGUGUGGGUUCACAGUGUGGCGCAUAUUAGUAAGAGUGUUAAAGUUGUGACAAUGGGUUCACAGUGUGGCGCAUAUUAGUAAGAGUGUUAAAGUUGUUUAUAUCACAACCUUCAGUGUAACCUGUAUGGCUGUUGACUAUAUGCCUUGCAAUCUCGUACGUGUGACGAUAGAAGCAGCGAGAUGCAUGCGUCAGGCCCGCACGCGGAUAGCAUGGUGUAAAGGCGGGCGAUGACAUGUUGUAGAGGUCGUUAAAAGUAAAGCCAUCACGGCACGCCCUCAAUAUUGUAGUCCAAGUGAAAAUCGGAGAUGUUAACCCUAGGUGAUGUCCGGGAGAGGCACCAAAAUCCGGAAACACCCCGAAACAAUCGGGGGGGUCGGCGAUUAUGCAGCUGAGCCAUAUGCAGCUGAGCCACAUCAGAGUGGCCAAAGAGCCGCAUGCGGCUCCGGAGCCGCGGGUUGCCGACCCCUGAUAUAGCGGAAUUCACGUUAAUCAGGGCCAAAAUGUAUUUUUAAUUUCAAGUCUGAGUCAUAUAUUAUGACAAUGAUUUCACACAAAUAAACAGCGCCUCCAGGAUUUUGCAGAUGUCGUUGUCGGCUUUUGCUGCAUUUUUUUCAGAAAGUAACCUCAAAAAGCACAGGAUUUCAACAGAAAUACCGUAUGGAUGUUUUACUCAUUUCAUACUGCACAAACUUUAAAAGUAGACACCAGAUUCUAGUAAAAAGGCAUACUCAAAGAGGUUUGUACUGUUUUAAUUCAUUAUAACUAGAGUAAUAGUAAUUCCAAUUACAGAGAGAAACACUACCGAAAGACUUCUUUAUUGUCCGCUGUCACCCACAAUUUGCUUGGAAAAGUAUUUGUCCAUCUAAACAUUCAUUUAUUUAUUACUAUUUGUUCAAACACAUUCACCUUUUGUGAACUGUUAAAAGCAACCUAUAGUGCUCCUUUUUGUUGGCGUAUGAGAGGUUAUCAUCACACUCCAACAUCUCUAAUAUGUAACUGCGGCCUCUUUGCUAGGUUAUGCAUUGCAAAUAAAAAUAUACUACAUUACACAGAAGGCUCAGCGCUUUUAGACAGGAAAAAGGAGUCGGACUCAGCUAAGCGUUGAUAGUAGAGAUGGUAUUUAUGGCUCUUUGAAGGGAGCCAGAUCUUGAGGAACCGUUCCUUUAAAAAAAAAAGACUGACUCAUUGUUGUAUUUCUUUUUUUUGUUUAUUAUUAAGUUGUUGUUUUUUUUAAUCAAGGAAUUGGAUGUAGAAGUUAGGAUAUUUAGAUCGGAACAAUUCAAAGUUAUAUAUACAGUACACUAAUGGUGAUUAAAUAUUCUGAAAUCUUAUUUUCGUUUAUUAUUAAGUUGUAUUUAUCAGGGAAUCACAGGUAGAAGUUAUAAGAUUUAAAUCAGAAUAAUUCAAAGUUAUGUAUACAGUACAAUAUUGGUGAUUAUCCAUCCAUCCAUUUUCUACCGCUUAUUCCCUUUUGGGGUCGCGGGGGCGCUGGCGCCAUCUCAGCUACAAUCGGGCGGAAGGCGGGGUACACCCUGGACAAGUCGCCACCUCAUCGCAGGGCCAACACAGAUAGACAGACAACAUUCACACUCACAUUCACACACUAGGGCCAAUUUAGUGUUGCCAAUCAACCUAUACCCCAGGUGCACGUCUUUGGAAGUGGGAGGAAGCCGGAGUACCCGGAGGGAACCCACGCAUUCACGGGGAGAACAUGCAAACUCCACACAGAAAGAUCCCGAGCCUGGAUUUGAACCCAGGACUGCAGGAACUUCGUAUUGUGAGGCAGACGCACUAACCCCUCUGCCACUGUGAAGCCCAAUAUUGGUGAUUAAUUAUUCUGAAACAUCAAUAAUAAUAGAUUUUUGCUAAUGUUUUACAACAAAUGCCAUUAGGAAAUACCAUAUCCCAUAUCCAGUAAAAAUAUUUAUAAGAAAACUUUGUAGUACACAAACAUGACCUAAAAAAAUGUGUAGGGGUAAAAUUGUGAAUGCAAAAUAUUACCUGGACUACUUUCAAACAUGCCUGGGUAUUUUUUAUUUAAAUGGCUCCCAAAAAAGCGACACGCAAAUGCGAAUAGGUUCUUAUUGUUCAACGUUCUUAUUGUUCACUUAAAAGAAGUGUUCUAAAACUCGUUCAUGAAUUGGCCCAAUUGUGACAUCUCAAAAUGUUGGAGGGACUGAAUAAAGUGCGAACAUUUUUUUGGAUGUAAAUUGCCCCAAUUUUACUGGCAAACUACUUACUGUAUUUCCCUUGAAUUGCUGCCGGGGCGCUAAUUAAUUUAAAACCUCUUCUCACUCCGGCGCUUAUCAAAGGCAUGCAUGCGGUAAAGGCAAGCAUGCGCUAAUUAUUUUAAAACCUCUUCUCACUCCGGCACUAACCAAAGGCAUGCGUUAAAUUUAGGCCUGCGCUUAAAAAUUUAGUGUGAUGUAAGGAUACCAUCAUGAAAAGCACAAUAAACAAAAACGUUAUUAUGGUCUUACCUUUACUUAUAAAGUCCUUGCGCAGCUCUUUUCUGAUCAAAACCAUCGAUAACUUGUUUAUAGAAGUCUUCCUUAUCUUUCUUCAGUUUUAAAACUCUCUGUGUCAAUAGCUUGGACGUUAAAUGCUACUGAAUAGCUCUUAAUCUUCCCUUUAUGCGAUUUCAAAUUAUUGAAAUCAGCCUCCUCCAUUUUAAAUGAUGACAGGGGAAGUGUCACUCGUGACGUGACGAUUUUGACCCAGCGGUAAUACUAAGCAUGCGCUAAUUAUUUUGCAUACUAUAUACCUGGCGGCAAUUCAGGGAAAUACGGUAGUCAGCAUUAAUGGAUGGGAUGAUUGUAAACAACAGUAGGACAAAAAUAGUAUUUUAAAGCGUAUGCAGAGUGUGACUAAUUGUCAUUAUUAUGUCUUCACACUUGGCUGUUUUUUUGACUUGUUUUGCGUGGUUAUCAACUGAAAGAUAAAAACUCAGCAUUUGUCCACAAUAUGACUGCAGGGCUUAACUUUGCUCUUGCAUAAUACAAACAAUGAGGUUUAGUGGCAGCUUUUUGAAACUUAGGGCCAGACUCCCAUUGUCAUAUAUUUGGUGACAGAUCACAGAAAGUAUGUUUUAUGAUGAGGGACAGUUCUGGAGCUUUAAAAAUAAUGUUGAAAUUGGGAACAUUUAAACAGAGCAACCAUUUUUUUUUAUGCCGUGAACAUUUUGUUCAGACGAUGCACUCGAGUCGAGGCAAUCUUUUGACUUCAAUGUCUGUAAAGACCAGACAAUAAAUAAUCUUGCAAUGUUUUAUAAACAUUGUUUAUAGAUUGGGAAAAAAACCCUUAUCUGUCUUAAAUUAGUUGUGUGAGUGUUUUUUUCAUUUCUAAAUGUGUUGCUUUGGCUCAAAACAUUUUGUACAGUGCUGGCUGUUGAGGAUGAAGUACCUUUUCUAAUAUAAAUGAUCAUUUGUAGUCUAAUUUAUAUUCAUAUUCGGGUCAAAUGUAACUCUGACCAACAGUAAAACAAGAUUGCUUUGAAACGGAAGCUACGGGUUAUGUUCAACAAAGUUUACACACUGCAAACGACACAAUCCUGUUUUUAUCGACCUGCCAAUCAAAUACAGUCACAAACCAUGUAGAGUGCAGGUCAUGUGUGGUAUAAAUAUAUAUUUUAUUUGUAUUAUUUUGCACGUGAAAAUGAGUUAAUAAACCCGAUGUUUGCAUUA